AGACGAUGCAAAUCCAACAGGUGAAAUAUGAACCUAAAAUUCCCACGACGGAUGUCCCGAGGACCAGGACAACAAACGUAGCCUUAUUUAAGCAGAUUAUUAAGUAGAAAGGGCGAACAUUUCCCCUUUUUUUGCGCGGCACCACGUCAGCUUAUACUGCAGGCUGUGUAUCUGAUGGGAAUGUAAGCGCGCAUCGCGCCGCGCUCGCAGAGGGUCCCGUGUCUGCUUUCAACUUCCUGCAAUGCAGCCGUUCCUCCUCCUCCUCCUCCGUCCGCGUCAGGCUUUUAAAAAACAGCUUUUUUUUCUCAGGGACGCCUGCCAGCAAAGCGGCAUCAAGGCAUCCAGACGCUCAAGCUCAUUAUUUUAUAUAUACAUAUAUAUAUAUAUCUUUUUUUUUUUAUUAUUAUUUUAUUUAGCGGCGGAAAGCUGCAUAUUUUAAUGCUGGGCGUCGCCACGGGGAAGAUCUUUGAAUAUAUUUUUUUAGUAGUUAAUCACUUAUUUUGGAAAUAGGGUAGAAUGGGUCUACGCGUACUCUUCCGGGCGAUUAUCAUGGGACCACCGGGCUCAGGAAAAGGGACCAUAUCGGAUCGCAUAAGUAAAAGCUUCGGACUGACACACCUUUCGAGCGGAGACGUGCUCAGAGCCAAUAUUAAAGCCAAGACCGAGAUCGGCCUGCUGAUGAAAUCCUGCAUAGACCAGGGUCAGCUGGUCCCGGAUGACGUCAUCUCCCGCCUCAUCCUAGGAGAGCUGCGGCAGAUGGGGAGCAGCGGCUGGCUGCUUGACGGCUUCCCCCGGACCGUACCGCAGGCGGAGGCCCUAGACGACGCCUACAACGUCGACACAGUCAUCAACCUGGACGUCCCUUUCCCGACCAUCCAGGAGCGCCUGACCUCUCGCUGGCUUCACCUGCCCAGUGGCAGGGUUUACAACACCAGCUUCAACCCCCCCAAAGUCCCUGGUCUUGAUGAUGUCACUGGGGAACCCUUGACACAAAGGUCUGAUGACACGCCGGACACCGUUGCCAGGAGACUGAAGGCCUAUGAGACCCAGACACAGCCGGUGCUCGAGUACUACAGAAACUGGAUAGUGGGGAGAUUUAAGCACCGUCUCCCUUUUGAAGCUACUAAUUUGAGUGGACAGAUGGUUGGGUGCAGCAGACUGGUGAAAAACAAGUUACCAUGAGCAUUGUGAUGUAGGAUAAGCUGGGAUGUUAUUGCUUUUUCAUAAGUGCGAAGGCUGUGGAUGUGAAAAGGUGAAGGAAAACCUACCAUGUGUGGUAUUUACUGAUGCUUGCAUGCACAGCACACAAUACCUGCCGUCAUGUGUACAGUCAUAACUGUACACGCCAUAAUAUUUAGAGCUGAAACAACUAAUUGAUAAUGUCGAUAAUAGUAAUAAAAGUAGAGAAAGCAAAUUUUAUCGUUUGGUUGCAUUUUUGGAGUUUUUAAUUGACAUCACCACCUAGCGAUGUUAGCAUUUGAGUGCUAACUAAAUCAUUAGUGAAUUAAAUAUUCAACUAAACAUGGCAGAGACAGCGGGUUAGUCCGUGGAGGGUUGACGCAUGAGUGGAAUAAAAGUGGAAUCAGUUUUUCAUUUUGCACCGUCAUGGAAGUCUGUGUCCUGCAGAUGACUUGGCACAGCGGGACAGCCAUAGUACGUGAGCAGCCAAAGAAGGCACGUCCGAGUCCCGCAUGAACUCGCGCCAAACAGUGGUGCAAGUUAUUUAGUGUGUUUCUCUUAAGAAAUGUUAUGUUCAAGCUUGAUCAAGUUUUGAUCUUUGUUUCUAUGAUGUUAAAUAUAGGUUCUGUACACUGUCUAAAGUUUUUUUUUUUUUUUUUACACAACUGUGUCUUAAAAAUACCUCGAUGUUAUUUAAAUAAAGCUUUUGCAUUUUUCUUUAAACCCUGUGGUUUGGCCUAACUAAUCGAUUAAGCUGAUCGCCUGAUUAUAAUUUUCAUAAUUCAUCAUGUAUUUUGCAGCUCAACAUAGUAUAUAUCAUAUGAAAGCUGUAUAUAAACUAUAAUGACUUUGACAAAAUGGUGGAACGGAACAGAAAUAAGACACUAUUGGUUGUUUUGGCGUUUGCACAAGAGAAACACAAGAAACCAAAAGUGUAUCACGAUUUUUGGGGAGGUUGCAAAGUGCUGUGAGAUUAGACAUCUGAGUUUGGGCCUGUUAUCAGAGUGCUUGAAACCUCACCUCAUCUCUAUAACUUUCUUUAUGAAUGAAAUGAGAAAUCAAAUAUUUGUCUAUUGUAUUACUUGAGGAUUAGGUAUGAGAGGGUCGUGCAUACCUGCCCAUCCAUCCUCUCCCUGCUGACCCGGUAAUCCAUCACAAGGCACGCAGGAAUUUCUAAAUUGUCAAAGUUAAUGGUUAAGCCAUGAAAUACUAGCGGUCCAGUAUGAGACAUGUUAUAGAUGCGUCUUCAGUUUCCCACUGACUCCUGUCAUUGUU